GGGCCGCGAGAGCUGCUUCCGGGUCAAUGGAGGACACUGGGCUCCGGCGGCCGGAGUGGGGGACGAGGUGAAGCGGAGCCGGGCCGGGCCGGCCGGGACCAGGCCGGAGGCCGAGCGGCGGCGACGCCGGUGGCCGGGAGGGGGGAGGAGAGGCGCCGCCCGAGGAGCCGCCGCAGCAGCUCCCCCGCCUCCCGGGCUGAGGGUAUUUUAGGAAAGGAAGAUGGAUCAACCUAGUGGAAGGAGUUUUAUGCAAGUAUUAUGUGAAAAAUACAGUCCUGAAAACUUUCCUUACCGCCGUGGUCCUGGGAUGGGAGUCCAUGUCCCAGCCACACCUCAGGGCUCACCUAUGAAAGAUCGCCUCAACCUCCCAAGUGUACUGGUGUUGAACAGCUGUGGAAUAACCUGUGCAGGAGAUGAAAAAGAAAUUGCUGCCUUUUGUGCUCAUGUAUCAGAACUAGAUCUUUCUGACAACAAACUUGAAGACUGGCAAGAGGUCAGUAAAAUUGUGUCAAAUGUUCCCCAGUUGGAGUUUCUAAACCUGAGUUCCAACCCUCUGAAUUUGUCGGUUUUAGAAAGAACAUGUGCUGGGUCCUUCUCUGGGGUUCGAAAGCUUGUCCUCAACAACAGCAAAGCUUCUUGGGAGACAGUCCACACAAUACUGCAGGAAUUACCAGAUUUGGAGGAGCUCUUCCUGUGCCUUAAUGACUAUGAAACAGUGUCUUGUCCUUCUAUUUGCUGUCAUUCUCUUAAACUACUACAUAUAACAGACAAUAACCUCCAAGACUGGACUGAGAUUCGCAAGUUAGGAGCUAUGUUUCCCUCCCUGGAUACCCUCGUCCUAGCUAACAAUCAUGUGAAUGCUAUUGAGGAGCCUGAUGAUUCCUUGGCCAGGUUGUUUCCUAAUCUGCGAUCCAUCAGCCUCCACAAGUCAGGUUUGCAGUCUUGGGAAGAUAUUGACAAGUUAAAUUCAUUCCCCAAACUUGAGGAAGUGAGAUUGUUAGGAAUUCCUCUUCUGCAGCCAUAUACCACUGAGGAGCGAAGAAAAUUGGUAAUAGCCAGAUUGCCAUCAGUUUCCAAACUUAACGGCAGUGUUGUUACCGAUGGUGAACGAGAAGAUUCUGAGAGAUUUUUCAUUCGUUACUAUGUGGAUGUUCCACAGGAAGACGUGCCAUUCAGGUAUCAUGAACUGAUCACAAAAUAUGGGAAGUUGGAGCCUUUGGCAGAAGUGGACCUAAGGCCCCAGAGCAGUGCAAAAGUAGAAGUCCACUUUAACGAUCAGGUGGAGGAAAUGAGCAUUCGUCUGGACCAAACAGUCGCAGAACUAAAGAAACAAUUAAAAACUCUAGUGCAAUUACCUACAAGCAACAUGCUUCUCUACUAUUUUGACCAUGAAGCGCCCUUUGGCCCAGAGGAAAUGAAGUACAGCUCUCGGGCAUUGCACUCCUUUGGCAUUAGGGAUGGUGAUAAAAUUUUUGUGGAAUCCAAAACAAAAUAACCUCUACCAGCCUUGUGAAAACAUACCCAUGAGGACUUCUUGCAGGGCGUUUAUUUCCAAUGUGGUUUUCUUUAGGAGAGGGAGAAGGUUGCUUUUGUUGUGUUUUGUUUGGUUCUAUUUUCUUUGGCUUUGGGGGGGUUUGUAUAUUUUGCCCCUAGAAUGGAUGGGGGCUGUUUUUGGUAUUUUCUAUCACAGAUUUCUUCAGCCACACCUCCAGUUCCUGUGCUCUCCCUCAUGAAACAAUGAGUCGGAAAUCACUGACUUCCUACUGUGCUCAUGACUUGUCUAUUGCUUGGUGAUCAUUUCCAUUUAGGUAAACCUGUCAGGAGCGGCAUGUCCCCCGAGGAGGGCAUCCGAUAGCAGUUACAUCAGGAAACAAGGAACCUUUACUGAAGGGUCAGCCCCUCUCUCCCACUUUCUCCUUCCUUUCUUUCUUUUUUUUUUUUUUUUUUUUUGGUUCAAUUUUUCAUGUGUCAGCACAUGUUUACCUAAUAUUUUAUUCUGUCCAUAACUGACUUCUUAUUUUUCAACCUGGGUGGUUUUUGUUUCUUCAUUUUUUUCCCUUUUAAAAUAAUUCAGUGUUUGAGCAUAUUUCAACCUGAUUCUAAUCUCAGGUACUCAUUUAGAACCUAUGUUCUGUUAGGAUCUUGAAGAAGAGUAGACGGAGAGUUAAAACUGUCUGGGAACAGAGCAGUCUGAUCUCCUUGAAAGCAGCUAUCUCAAGUUUAAUGUUCCUCACACAUUGCAGCCACCAUUACUUCCAUAACAUGAAAUAUGUCCAAUUCCAGAGUUCUUUUAUUUUUGCUUAUUGUGUGUAUUUCCUAUCAAUCCAUCUUUUUCAUACUUUAAACUAUUGGGAAUAGAGCCCUGACUUUAUGAAGAAUCCAAUAGAUUAAUGGUUAUUUGUACCAAGAGAGUUGAGAAUUAGCUAAUAAACUAACUGCAGCAUGUGAGGGGGUGGGACGAGGGGCUUGCAGGAGGAAGAGUGCUGUGACUUCCUGCCUCUGUCACCAUUUUCAGCCCUCGAUCUUGCACUUUGCAUUAAAAGUGGGUAAUUUUAAUCAAAGGGAACUUUGAAUCCCAGUUCUUCCUUAGGAUUUUGUGAUGUAAUUGAGUCAUUCUUUUUGUUCUACAUUUCAAUUCAGUUGCUCCUAUGGAAGAACAGCUUUGCCUAAUCUUUAAGUAAAGUGUAAAAGCCAAAACUUCAGAAUUGCCAGCAGGUUCUAUCUUUUCCACAGAAGCAUAUGUAAAGCACUUUCCUUUUAAAAGCUAGUUCUCUACCUGCUCCAAAAUCAUUUUGUGUGUUCUUUUAUCCCUUUGUUAAUCAGAUGUAGUCCCUUUAUAUAUAUCUAUAUAUAUAUCUCUCUCUCUAUAUAUGUCUUUCUUGGACCACCAUGUUGACAGGUGGGAGACCUGAGCAUGGCUUAGUGUGCCGAGGGCGGAGGUGUGCACAUGAAGUAUUUUUUGAAGAAUGUAAUCAUCUGAUUGUGUUUGAUCUUUUCACCUUCAUUACAUGAUCCUGCCCCUCCUACAAAUUCUUUAAUUUCUUAUGAAAUUUUUAGAUGACUCUUGUAAAUUCUUCAUGUGUGGGGAGUUGCGUUUAUUAUUGCUACUUUUUAAAAUUUCCUAAGCUCUAACAAGCAGAUGUUUAUUCUCUUAAUGCACUUCAGGUUCAGUAUCUGUUAAGCCUUUGACUCGGGCCUGCUGAGUCAAAUCUACAUUCACUGUAACAUUUAAAGGUGGAAACCAAAGGGUUUGAGAAAGGUGAACAAGGCCUCGUCUCCUCUGCUGCACAGGUAUCUCUCAAGAUCGGAAAAGUGUGCAAGGGAGACCCGGGCUGGAUGCAGCCAAGAGCAGUUAUUUUGCAAUCACAUUCUCCUGACAGGUUUUUGGAAGUCGGGUGCGGGGGGAAGUGUGGCAAUAGUGUCGUGAAGAUGAAAAUGGGGUGCUUGUAGAUGUGCGCAUGGGUGCAGAUGAGUUUGAGAGAGAAACAGUGUCAUCGAGCCCGUUGCUUUUGUCAGACUGGGAAAUAGAUGCACUGUUCUAUUUUGAGAUUUUAUGACCCCUGACUGUCUCACAGCAGAAGGCAGAGUGAACACUUAUGUCAUACUUUAAUCAUAAGUGAAAUGGUCACAAUUAAUAAGAUAUUUUAUAUAUGACAAAGUUUUAUGAAAUGCUUUUUUACUCUUAGGGACCUGUACCUUCUGUUAUCACAGAACAGUGUCCAUCAACUGCAGGCAUAAUGCUUCUAUAUACAGUUGCAUGUCAGGGGAACUUCUCAUUUAAUUCAGUGGACGUGGGUAUUUUUAGAGCAUUGCAAGCAAUGGUUUUAAUAAUUGCUGAAUAAUUUUUGAUUCAACCAAAAUCUAAUACAAUUACUGGUCUUUUAGAGUCACAGAACAGAAGCAAAUGAGAAAUACUAGUUGAGCAUGUGUCCCAGUAGAUGCACUUGGGUAGCUGAGUAAAGAUACUGCUUUUGGGGGAAAAAAAAAAAAUUGGUGCUGUGUAGACACUUGCGACUAAAAUUAUUUUCAUAGUGGGCCAAAAAGAAGGAGCAAAGAGACCACGGACCUUUGACUCUGUAAGUUAUGCAUAAUUGAUUGCUGCAGCUUGUCUGUAUUUUAGUACUGACUUGAUCCAGAUCCAGUGACAUUUAGGGAACAAAGUGCUGUCACCACCAGUGUUACAGAUAGGUCGCUGCAGGCACAGUGUACAGAGCAUAUCUUUUCUCAAAUUCUUUUCACUUAGGACCAAGGAAAGGGGUAGUGAAAGAAAGCCACAGGGCCCUUCUACAUGUGGACACGAAGCUGCUGAAAUCACAAUAGAAAUCAGUUUUAGAAUAUGAAUUGUUGAAAUAUCCCAAACUUCAGAGUCAUAUGUUUUUUCAUUGUUAAAAGUUUCUAUUGUUUCUGUAACGUGUUGCCACCAUUGCCAUAAGUACAGAAGAAAGCACCAGAUGUUCUGUAAUCCCUUGUUUCUUUAAGCCUUUUAGUGAAAAUACACCCCAAACAUGGGCUGUGUGUUACAGAGCUGAAUGUUACGACUGUGCUGUGUUUAAAGACUUGUUUACUAAAAGAAAGUUCACUUCUAACCUGUUUCUGUUGUGUUGCUAAAUCAGCAGUGUUAUGAGCAGACAACACUUGUUGCACAAGUUGCUGGUCUAUUUGAGACAGCUGGUGAUUGCUGUUGCUAAUGCGCACAUGAGCGUGACUUUCUACGUGGGAAGUGCCAGCUCUAGGGCAUGUAAGACAAUAAUGCAGAAUGCUAGAUUGUUCUGAAGAAUGCCGUCUCUCUUUAUAAAUUUGAUUUUUCCUUUCAUUCCAUGUUAGAUUGAAAAUGCAAACAAACCGCUUUCAAGAACCCCCAGAAGCUAUCUGUAUUACCAGAUGUGUUGUGAACACUCUAUUUUCCAUAGGUGCUUCCUUAAAAUAUAUGUCCACUGUAGUGAUGGAGAGGGACUGGACUCUCUCAGGCUCUUUACUUGCCAGUUGUCUCCUGCAGUUAAUGGAAAUAUAUAUUUUAUUUUAGAAUAUAAUUUAAACAUGAAGGUCUAUUCUUUGCACUUUUUAUUAAUAUAUAGAUAAUCUUUAAAAAAAAUUAAAAAUUCAAGUCCACUUUCUCUUUGUGUUCU